AUGAGUACUGUGGAAAGUAGCAAGCCGAAGAUCAUCACUGGUUCUUGUGGUUAUGUUCUUGAAGAUGUUCCUCAUCUCUCCGAUUAUCUUCCUGGUCUUCCUACUUAUCCUAAUCCAUUGCAAGACAAUCCAGCUUACUCAGUGGUUAAGCAAUACUUUGUUGAUGCUGAUGACAGUGUCCCUCAGAAGAUCGUUGUUCACAAGGAUGGUCCAAGGGGAAUUCACUUUAGACGAGCAGGGCCACGUCAAAAGGUCUACUUCGAAUCUGAUGAAGUCCAUGCUUGCAUAGUCACCUGUGGGGGUCUUUGUCCCGGCCUUAAUACCGUGAUUAGGGAAAUUGUGAGCAGUCUAUCUUAUAUGUAUGGCGUGAAGAGAGUACUUGGAAUAGAUGGUGGAUAUAGAGGCUUUUAUGCGAAGAACACUGUCUCAUUGGACUCUAAAGUCGUAAAUGAUAUCCAUAAGCGAGGAGGGACCAUCCUUGGGACCUCACGAGGUGGCCAUGAUACCACAAAGAUAGUUGAUAGUAUUCAAGAUCGUGGAAUCAAUCAGGUCUACAUUAUAGGUGGAGAUGGAACACAACGAGGAGCAUCAGUUAUAUUUGAGGAAAUUAGAAGACGUGGCCUGAAAGUUGCAGUUGUUGGAAUCCCAAAAACAAUCGAUAAUGACAUACCUGUAUCUAUGCAUCCCUCUCUUACCUCACUUCACUUUCAUAAAAAUCUCACAUUUUUCUUUUGGGUGCAGGUGAUAGACAAAUCUUUUGGGUUUGACACAGCUGUAGAAGAGGCUCAACGAGCUAUUAACGCAGCACAUGUGGAAGCUGAGAGUAUAGAGAACGGUAUUGGUGUUGUCAAGCUUAUGGGUCGCUACAGCGGGUUUAUAGCGAUGUACGCUACUCUAGCAAGCAGAGAUGUGGACUGUUGUUUGAUUCCGGAGUCACCAUUUUACCUGGAAGGAGAAGGCGGACUGUUUGAGUACAUAGAGAAACGUCUCAAGGAGAGUGGUCACAUGGUGCUUGUGAUUGCAGAAGGUGCAGGACAAGAUCUUAUGUCUAAGAGCAUGGAGUCUAUGACUCUCAAAGAUGCUUCUGGUAACAAACUUCUUAACGAUGAUCAUUUUAAUCAGAAGAAGAUGGUGAUGAACCUUAAGUACAUUGGUACAUUUUAUAUCACUUUUCACUCUCUUUACUAUGAGUUUCUUGACGUUUUAGUUAGCUUUGAUUGUCUUUUGGUUUCAGAUCCAACGUAUAUGAUUCGUGCUGUUCCUAGCAAUGCUUCAGACAAUGUUUAUUGUACGCUUCUUGCUCAGAGCGCAGUGCACGGUGCAAUGGCUGGAUACACUGGCUACGUCAGUGGUCUAGUGAACGGAAGACAAACCUACAUUCCCUUCUACAGAAUAACGGAGAAACAGAACCAUGUGGUGAUAACAGACAGGAUGUGGGCGAGGCUGCUGUCUUCAACGAACCAACCGAGUUUCUUGAGCCCCAAAGAUGUGUCUGAUGAUAAAGAGAAGCCCAUGUCGGCCCUUCUGGACGAUGGCAACUGCAACGGCCCUGUCGAUGUUCCUCCAGUCACCAAAGAGAUCACCAAGUGA